AUGGCAAGGGCUAGGGAUAUGCUGGGUGUGACUGGUCUGUACACGAACAAGACGAGUCUUCCCACAUCCACUAACCUAUCUGUAGUGAGCGGGCAGUCCAGUGUUGGGACCAUUAAAAGCGAAAGGUCGCCACCGUUUGCCUAUGACGAAUGGUACCAGGGUAACCCACCUCGCUGGGUGAUUGAGAAGGACAGCGAAGAGCUACUACCGUCGACUUUCUACGUGGACGGCGAUAGGGCGAAUUCUUUCGGCUUCGAUGCGUCAGCGACUCAUAGACCAGUGGCAGAACUUCCUGCGCGUAGAUCGCCAAUUGAGCUUCCCGCUCGCAGGUCGCCUGUCGAACUUUCAGGUAAGCCAGCACACCAACGGCAUACUGCAACGCUAAAGAAGCUUGAAGGUCGAACUUGGGAUACGAGGUCGGAGUUGGAGGCCAAGGCCAAACGCUUCAGCGUUCGGUGUACAGAGGCACCCCCUAGUACGUCUACUCCUGCACCCGACACCGAAAGAUUAAGCUCACGUUUCCACAAGGCUUCCGACACCAUCCCGUCUUCACUUCCUGAUCAGGUGGAUUUCCUUGAGCGUUGUGCUGUGCCGAAUUCUUGGAAAGACCCUACACCUACUGGGAAUUGCCAGUUGUGCUUCAAGUCUUACCAUGACGCAGACAAGAAUCCUGUCAUAGCACCUCCCUGCGGUUGCUCCAUGCAUGAUCGAUGUCUCAUGGACAAUCUGCGUACGCUUGAUGAGACAGUCGGCAGGUGUCCAGUAUGCCAGGUAUACUUGUGCAACCGUAGUCUAGCCGAGCGCAUCGGCAAUGACAUCGAACAGAUCUUUGACUUGCAAGUCAAUCCAUUACGAGAGGAGGUCACCCUCGAGUUCCCACAGCGAAGUAAGGGCAUCAUAUGUAGUACGGAGGAGGGCGUUGCUGUCACACAGCUUCGUCUACUCAAGGACUACGUCGAUGUCCACGCCGAAGAGCUCUUCCGUCUAUGGGAAGGUAAUCGUGCAGAACCUGACUGGUUUGGAGGCGUUGUGCGUCCCGCUGUCCAGCUCUUCCAAGGGUGGAACCCCGCUAUGCGAAGCCGCUUUUUCUCAAAUGAGGACGCUUUCCUCAAACUCCUCGCAUGGGCAGAGUUGGUGCGCUUGAUGAACAUCAGCUGUGCGAAGAAGAGACAGGCCCAUGAUAGCGAUGCACACUUCCCGAGAUUGGGAGAGUUACAUCGUAAGUUUUUAAAGGCCGUGGAGCGAUACAACAAAGAGGAUACGAGUCGCUCUGGUGUUUGUGAACACGACAGGAUUGCGACGGAUAUUGUCGAGGUCGCAAUGAACACUCAGGUGCCGUAG